CAUUUCUGCCUUCGUAUUUUUAGCCUACUUUUAUUCAAUACCUUCGCGGUAUUUAUUUCCUGAUUUGAUGUCUAUUUUCAAACGAGGAAUGGAGAGUUGGGGAAAAAAAAAUAGGCACAUGGCAACGUCGAUCCUGCAGCUUGGGUUUCUUCACAUUUUCCUCUCUUAAAAACCAUCCCCUCUACUGCCUGGGUGAGUUAUGUGGGUGUGUGUAAUAAAACAGUUUGCCCCCUUUUUUUUUUUUCUGCUACAAGAGUAGCAUUCUUUACACGACUAUUUUGCGGCGGCCCGCUAGGGCAGAGCUCAGUCGGCUGCAACUCUUGGGAUAUGGUAGGGGUUCGCUUCUCUCCGAGUUACAUCGACGAGCACAAAAAAAAAAGGAUUUUCUUUCGUGCAGCCAAAUCGUGAUUUGUUUCAACAGACGGCGCGUUCGUCUGCUAAGGCUACAUCAAUAAGUGUAACAAUCAACGGGGAUGAUAGGCACAACGCGGGCUGUCGUUAGUUUCGACGCGAACGAUAUCAACAUCAUCAAGCGCCGCUGUGCCACACCAUUCAAUCGCCAGUGAUUCUCACCAUGCGCAGCUAAAAACAAAUCGAUUUCGAUCGACGGAUAUUGAUUCUUUUAAAGAUAAAUAUUUACUGGAAGGUCUCGGGUCGGAGCUGCUAGAAAAAAUUUAUCCAUUUUAACAUUUCGUUUUGGUUUUUACUCUGAUGGAAUCUAAAGGAGAGCGGGAACGAUCGGCCGAGAACAGCUGCUGUGGAUCUUCAGCAACAUCGUCCACACGACGCAAAGGCAGAUGCAAAUGGUUUAACGUGUCUAAAGGAUGGGGAUUCGUUACGCCGGACGACGGAAGCCCCGACAUCUUCGUUCAUCAGAGCGUGAUCCGGAUGAGCGGGUUUCGUAACCUGGCUGAGGGGGAAGAGGUCGAGUUCGAAACCAAAGACGCAGUCAAAGGAGAAGAGGCAACGAUUGUGACUGGGCCUGGUGGAUCCGAAUGUCGCGGUUCGCAAAGGCACCCAAAAAAGUCGAUAAAAUCUAAACGGAUCAGAUGCUACAACUGCGGAGUAGUCGGAAGUCACAUCGCUUCUAAAUGCACAAUGGGACCUCAGCCCAAAAGAUGUCACCAGUGUAAAGCUGAGGAUCACCUCAUUUCUGAAUGCCCCAGUAAAUUGGAACGUCGGAGUCGGACUAAUACGAAGCCGGAAAGGAAGAAAGCGCACCUGUCUGAAAAGCAGACGAAAUUUUAGCGCAGCACAAGCAGAUCGCCGGAUCCACCUGCAGCUCAUUACGAGCCAACAGUUUUUUUCCUACCGACUACCUAUAACAUAACGAAGAGCAGCAAACGGUCCCGCCAAUUAUAAAAUCUGGAAACUUUUCUUACGUAAUGAAACAUAUCUUCGAAGGUACGUCGUUUAACGUAUCUUAUCUGCCCCUCUAGCAUUGCUCAACUGCAUUCUACUUCCACAAACGCUCCUCAGGUCACAUGGUGAAAAAAAAAAAGUUCAAAAUAUUCAGAAUCAAAAAAAUAAUUUGUCACUUUCUCCUACCAAAUGUUGUACGCCGUUAAACAUUUCAAACUAUUGUUAUUAUUAUGUACCUGGAGUAACAUAAUAAUGCCAUACAUUUAUCUACCUCGUUAAACGUCAUGACAACCCCUUCAUCAAGAAUAACGUGAAACAAUAUGCGCCCAUACUGUUUAGUUUCUUUAGUACCUUUGCGAAGUUAGAUUACUCUGAACCUGUUGCCAAUUCAUGUACUUGAUAGUUAGCAUUGAUUCCGCCACUGCCUUUUAUGGGGAAAAUUUCACUUUACGAUUAGCCUGUCAUGUUCUGUACCUACCUGUGGAAAUCAGAAAUCAUUUUUGGUUACCUUUGACAUUCAAUUGACCUGCAAAUUACUGACCAAAACAUUUGAAAUGACCACAUGCUCCAUAAUAGCAGACUCUAACACAUUUAAAUCUAAUGCAGUCUACGAGUAGUAAUGAUACAAUUGUUAGACAUUUAAAUUCUUAAUGCAGCUGCCAAAGAGUUCUAUAUUGAAUGGUGUUACCUGUUUGAAUUUCAACUAGUAGUUGCCCCAGUUUCUCUUCCAGGAAAGAAGCACAGUAAUUUCUUCCAUCACAUUGUUCAAGACCAACUUUUGGAAGUUUAAAUCACCUUCAUUUGCGUGUUUUAGUGUAAAUACAAUUGUAGUGUAAUUUUAAGGGUAAAAUUUGACCAGACUAUGUUCGUUUUCUGCGAGCGCCUAGACACAAAUAUACAACGUUGCAUAGUGUGCGUAAAAACUC